AGGAGGAGGAGGAGGAGGAGGAGAGAAGGUACAGAGACUUUGCAUCGUUUCUCUAGGCUCUCUUGCAAGGAAGGCUGCAUCGCCGGGCAAGAAGUGCCCAAACCGGGGUCCUUGUCGCCCUCCCUGGGCUAGCCUGGACAUCUCCUGACCUGCUCUCAUCUACCACGAUGAUGGGCUGCAAGUCCAACUCCCUGACUUGCCUGCAAGGAGGGAAGCCCGUGCUGCCGGUGGUGGCUGCCCCCACGGAUUCCACCGCCACCCUCAACAAGCUGGCCCUGGCGACAGGGGGCACGGAGAAAUCCUGGUACCGCUGCGUCUUCCCCUUCGGCAUCGUCGCCCUGGUCAUCGGCAUCGCGGCCACGUGCAUCACCUUCACCAUCAACGGCCCGUCGAUGGACAUCGCCAAGGUGGUCUCGGUGGCCACCUUGAUCUUCGGGGUGGGCCUUUUGGUGGGUGCCGUGGCCUGCUGGCGAGCCAAGAGGGAGAGGCAGCGAAAGAAGCAGCAAGAAGAGCCUGUCCCCUUAGAACAGGGGGCUUUAUGAGGCUGGGUCCCCCAAGCCAAGUCCCCGACAGGUAGACCCAUGGCUGGAGAUGGCCUCAUCUUUUUCCUGUAAUCCACGCGCAGAAGAGAGGAGCGCUGGUAAAGGAGCUUUGAAGGAGGUCAUCAGUGUUGGGCAGAGGCGAGCAGAGACUCGUGCAACCUGGCAGUGUGUGUGUUGACAACAUUACCCUGCUUGGAUUCAACUGCAGUGAGUAGCAUUAUGAACUGUUAAGGGACUCUGCUUGCUCCAGGAAGGAUGAAUGAUCAAGGCUGGGAGCCAAGAGCCGAGAAGGAGUGGCUGGCGGUGGACCCGAUGGCUCCUGCAGGAGUCCUGACUUUGGGUGGGCACGCUUCUUUGCAAAACAGGUCUGCUUGUUUACAAAAGAGCCGGGCGAAAAGCAGCAGCAGCAGCAGCAGAAAAGUGGGCUUUCCCUCUCUCUUUCGAGUGUUCAAUGCGAGAGUCACUUUCACAGCCAAACAAACAACCGAUCCCAGGAAGGAAGGAAGAGAAAGGUUUUGUUUGCUUUUAAUCCGGCCUCCUCGGAGCAAAGGAUCAUGAGCUGCUGCGGAGUGAAAGGGGCGCCCCUGCUUUUAAAGCUGCAAGGUGAGAAGAAAUGAUAGCAAGAGACUGGAAGUUCUAAUUGGGGGCAGCAGGGAUGUUACUCCCUUUCUCUGUGAGAAGCCAAGGUCAACGUUGAGGGACAGGGUUGGGGGAAAGAACAGAUGCAGCCCCCCCUCCAUGAGCAACACCACAGACAGCAAGUUAUAAUUGAAGAAAUAUCCUUCGGCUUGCGCAGGAAAGAGCCUCGCAGCAGCAAGAAGCCAGGAGGAGAUGCCAAAUUUGAAGAAAUACAAACACUUGCGUUUCAAACUGCAGAUGUAUGUGUACCCACGAGUGGAGUUUCAUGCUGGGGACAGAGGGGGACCGGAUAGGGUGGCCUCUCGGCAGUGAAAUCCUUAGUUUGGCACAGAUCGUGAAAGAAGAGCUUAAUCGAAUGUGCCCAUCAAGCUUCUAGUGCUGGGGGAGUUUGGAAAGGUGAAAUGAAAGCUAUGUCCAGCUGGGCAGACAUUCACCGGCACGGGCCACCAGCCUGCGAGGAACCGUCCCGGGCCGCAGGUGAGCGUCCCGUUGGAGAUGCAGCCCGCUUUUCUGCAAGUGGACCGUGAAACUGGCCCCCCCAGUGGGCCUCUGCGCAAGCGCCUGAACAGGAUCAGACGCCGGGUCGGUGUGGGGCCUUUCUGCAGUUCCCAAUAUUUUAGACAUGUGAAAAUCUGUUUCUUGCUUGUGCCAAAUCUGUCGCUCCAGAGAGUACAAAGCGCGGCCUCUCAGUUUGGCAUCGGCCCCGUCAGGGCAGUCAAACAGCUGAGCUUGGAACAGCCAUAACCAACAUUCUGGCAGGCAGGCAGGCAAGAAGAUGUAUUGCCAAUGGAUGAAUAAAGGGAACACCCCCACCCACCCCCACAAAAAAACCUGAAGUGCUUGGUUCUGUCUUUCUUUAUCAAUGGGGCCAGAACAAGGAAUCAAUGCUUGGAGAAAGUUUGCUUCUUUGGUUGCUGGACUUAAAUUCCCCGGCGAUUACCCAGAGAGCGUGGCCGAGGGCCCCCGCUGGCCCGAGGGCUUCCGGACAUUAUGGUCCACAACGGAAACUCUUCCAAGCUCUACAAGAAAUAUCUAUUUCCCCUAUGUCUCCACACACCCCUCUGCAUAAUUUCCUAGCACCCCUUUAAACACUACUUUUGGGGGGGGGAAUGUAACCCCGUGGCCCCAGUUCAUAGCCACAUUGCCAACAUUUCAAAGAGAUGCCUUUCCCCUCUUUUGCACCCCAGGCCAAGCUGGCAGGUUGCUUUAGCUGUUGGGGGGGGAGAACAGCCGCUCUUUUUGGCGGCUCAGCACCUGGAGCCCGUCCCACCUACGCACAUGCAGCUGGAAAAGAGUGAAACUGGACUCCCUGUCAUAAUCUGGGAAGCCAGCCGCAGCAGCCAGAAUAAGUGCGCGUAUGGGUGAGUAGGGGGGAAGAACAUCCAGAGCGCACAUCCAUCACGUUUCCUGGCUCGGCACUUCACAGUAUGUGGGCAGAUCCCCUAAAGGCUCCGCCGGCGCCUGGCCCCGAGUGUAACACGCAGGAGAGCGAACGCUUUGCCUUGCAGGAAGGAAGGGAGACCAAGAGGAUGAUUGGCUUGGGGAGGAGAGCCAGAGGGGAGCUGCCUCUCUUUCUGGUUGGGCCCAUCUUGAGCCCUGACGGUGCACAUCCACUCGUAGGUGCAUGGCAGGGCAACACACGCACACACGCACGCACGCUUUGGGUGCUCUUUGUCAAGCGUUCAGGGACAAAAAUGUGAACAGAAGUCUUCAGAACGAAGGUGUCCCCAUGAGAGAGUACGAAGCUGACAGCUCUGUAGCCAAGGCGCCGUGAUGUAGAAUUUGUAUAUAAAUGAUGAAGGUUCUAUCGUUUUUAAUCCUCCCUUCCCUCUGAGGAUGAUAUCUGUGAUCUCCCCUUUUGCGCCUUAUAAUAACCCUGCGAGGUAGGCCGGAAGGAAAGAAGGUGGUUGAGUCACCCUGUGAGUUUCGUGGUUGGACAAAUAAGUGAACCUAUUUCACCCUCCAGUCUGUGUCCCACGGUGGGUAGGUGGGUGGGGAGGGGAAGCGCUGAGCCUCCAGAUGUUGAAGCCACAGCUGCCACUAUCCUUUGCAAUUAUCCUCCAUGCUGUUCUACAUGGGAAGGGCCAAAAAUUCCCAUUUUCGUUCCAGCCCCAAACCCACCAAUCACUAUAACAUAUCCCU